CCGGUGUCAUCUGUCGUUGUGCGGGUGCCAAGGUGACCCCCUCUCUUGAUCUGUUUCACUAUUUUUUCUCAGUCAUCCCUCAACAGUCCCAUGGGUUUUUGGUAGUGAGUGCCAGAACGGGGCAUAUCUUGUUCCGUGAAGCUCCUUCCUCCAUCAAGGGUUGGAAGGAUAGAUUAUUCUUUGUCUCUGUCCCGAACGGCCUAAUUCCAAGAAAGUGGAAUGUCUUUCCUCCCAAGUCCCUCGAACCCUUCAUCUCCGAAGAUCUUAGUAAGGACAUCAUUGUUGUGGAGGCUGGUGGCUGAUUCAAGAUUAUGUCCUACCUAACUCCCGAACGGCUUAUCAAGGCCGGGAUAGGUACUGCCCGAAUUCCUGGACUUACUUGACUGAAAACCAAGUACCAUGGCCCGGGCGGUCCUUCCCGUGUGAAAAACAUUUUGUUUAUCCAUGUGCGGACCGCUUGGUACUAAUAUUCCCUUUGUUUAUUUUCAGCUCUCAAUCAAGGCAAAACUUCAGACCCUGAAGGAGCAACUCCCGAUCAGCCAGAAGCUAUGGAUGACAGCAGGCUGUUUACCGUAGGAUUUGAUGAUGAGCCACAGGUCUCCCCCCCUGUUCAGGAAAAAAGGAAAACUAAGAGGAAGAGGUUGAGAAAAGCCGAUCAGUCAACUUCCUCCCAGGCUGUUCCUCAAUCUACCGAGCAGCCUGAACCAGCUCAGGAGAUCGAGCCUGUCCAGCAGGUUUCCCCUCAGCAGCCGUCCCAUGCUGACAUACUAAUGGACCAAUUUUUCUCUGAUCAGCAACCGCAUUUCUUCUCUGCUGAGGAAAUGGCCGCUCAUCAGUCUGACCUGGCCAGACAGCUUCAGAGGAUCUCCCUCAAGGAUCCCGCCCACGACAUGUUGGAGCGGGCGGGUUGUCCGGCAACUCGGAUCUGGUCCACUUCUGUGGAUCUGAAUGAUUUUACUCUUCCCGAGCUUCCGGUGGAGGAAGCAGAGGAAUGUAUAGCCCUGUCCGCCCUUAAGAUGGGGAUAUACAGUUUGAAGCUCCGUGAGGCCCGGCUGGCCAAAGAAAGAGGGCUCAUAGUGGCGAAGGAGGAAGCCGAACACUCCCUUUCCUCAGCUGUUCGGGUCGCUGAGACUGAUCGGCAGGUAGCUGCCGAGAUUCGGGCAAAACUGGAGAGCGAGCUCGGGGAGCUCCGUGUGAGGGUAGCUUCUCUCCAGGCUUAUCUGGCGGCGGCCGAAUCCGCCCAAGUGAAGUUCUCAGAGUCUGCUUCUCAGAUCCCGGACGGUCCUCCUGAAAUAACUGUCGAUCUUUCCACCGUCCGGGAAAACUUCAAGACUUCGGCUGAGUUCCGGGCGUAUGCCCUUGAACAGCUUCCUGAUGUCUUCGGGGAGCAUUUGGUAAAGCUGACCGGUGAAGAGCGGCAAAAGGAGGGGGUCAGGGUGUUUGAUCAGCAUCUGGUGACCAAGGAAUGGGCUGAAGUAUUUGCCCGGGAGGUAUACAGCUCCGGGUGCCAGCACAUGCUUAAGCCGCUCCUCCCCCUUCUAGAGAAGCAAUUAGUUCGUCCGGCGCAGCCAUCCGAUUUCCCUGGUCUGCACCCCCAUCAUCUGAACGCCUUAUCCGCCCAAAUCAAAAAAUGCCGGCGAGCCUUGGGGAUGGAGAUUGUCCAGGCCGUUGAUGAAGAGGAAGAUGAUGAUGAGGAGGAGGACAACCCCGAUCAGUAGACUAGAUAUUUCCUUUGCAUUUCUAUUUCCAUUUCCUAUUAUUAACUAUUUCUUGUAAUUCCCGGUCAGUAGAACCGAUGAAUACACAACUUUUGCCUGUUCAUUUUGACUUCAUCAUUUACUUCUUAUAGCUUUACUUCUUAUCCUUUUAUAGCGAUCGGGUUGCCUGAUCGAGAGGAUGUCCAUUAAGCCCAAUGUUUAGGGCUCCACGAUUUCACCGUUGUAUGUUGACUUUUUUAUCUGAUCGGGAUGAUGCCAAAAUGAUGUCCUUCAACCCGUUCGGCAUACAACCACAAUUCUAAUAUCUUCCCAACCCGUUCGAGUUGUAAACCUUUGUAACUUUCUUAGUAAUUAUGUUCACAGGCCUUCCUUUUGAAAUGUUGGUAGUUGCGUUCAGCAUUCGGGACGUAGUAAUGCUUCCCUCGCUGUAUCUAUCAGAUUGUACAUGUUAGAUAACCAUACUGUUCGGGUAUGCUCACCACCCCAACUGUAACUAUUUUUCUGGGGUAUUUUAUUCCUGUUCGGGGAUGCUGCAACUUAUUCCCCGCAUUGAGCUUUUUAACCUUGUUGAAAUUAAGAUUCCCUGUUCGGCAUUCGGGGCAUGACUUAUGCGCACGUUGGUAUCUUUUGUUCUGUUCGAGACGACUGUUCGUAGCUCUUUUACCUCAAGUUUGCGAACAAGUUUGUUAAUUUCAACUCCGUUCGGGUGUUUACCAACCCCAGGUGAUGCUUUAACUCCUCUCAAUCGUCUUGACACGUGUUUAUCAAUGAUUUGGACUUUUGGCGGUAGCAUUUCCCUAUAUAAGGACGCAGCUGCUUCCUUUCAUAUUUUCUGCUGCUUCUCAAUCCCUUCAAGCUUUAUCUCUCUAGAAUCCUUUCCGUUAUUUUAUGUCUGCCUUUUCUGGUUCUUCAGACUCCGAAGAAAUGGUGCCUACUUUGAUUCGUCGCUCCAGGGGAAAGGCUCACCCCAAG